ACGUUGCUCGUUAGCUCGGUGUGUAGCAUUUACUUUCUCCUUGGGGUGUGUGUUUUUGCAGAUUUUGAACUUUGGCUCCUCAGUCUUUAUGGUUUGCAAAACCUGUGCUCCAGGCAGCUGAGCAUCUUGGGAAAGAAUGUGCCAUUUCCAGCGCCUACUGUUGACUGUCCUGUAAUUCCUGGCUUGGCUUAUGGGAUAUGUUCAGGAUUCCAGUGGUUGCUUUUUCGUUGACUCGUUAUCUGUGCACAGCAGGUGGUAAUACAAGUAGUGCUUUAUCAAAAAUGUUUUAUGCUGUCAAAAGAGGGCGCACUCCUGGAGUCUAUAACACUUGGGACGAAUGUAAAGCUCAAGUUGACCGCUUCCCGUCGGCUAGGUACAAGAAAUUUGCUGCAGAGAAUGAAGCCUGGGAGUUUGUUAGAAAUACAGAGGAAGCUCAGACACUGAACACAGACGAUGGUUGUGGAAAGCCGACCUCCUCACCAGCAAAGUCAUCAGAAUCUCAUUCAAAACGACCAUAUAAGAGACCACUUAACCCACCUCUGAGCUCUUCUGAGACAGGACAACCUGCCAAACGCACCAAGCUCAUUGAUAUCAGUUCCUUGCCAUCUUUAAAUAAUGGAACAUUUAACUACAUGGGUGAUUUUACUGUGGUAUACACAGAUGGCUGCUGUUCUCGCAAUGGUCGAUUAAAAGCCCGAGCUGGGAUUGGUGUUUACUGGGGUCCAAACCACCCGUUGAAUGUUGCAGAAAGACUUGAUGGAAGACAGACGAACCAGAGGGCUGAAAUACUGGCAGCAUGCAAAGCAAUAGAGGUGGCAAAAUCCCAAAAUAUUACAAAACUGGUUCUUUACACAGACAGCAUGUUUACAAUAAACGGUAUCACUAAAUGGAUCAAUUCUUGGAAGAGCAAAAACUGGAAGCUUAGCACAGGGCAAAAUGUUAUUAACAGAGAAGACUUUGAAAAGCUUGAUAAACUUAUUGAGGGUAUAGAUAUUAAAUGGAUGCACAUACCAGGCCACGCUGGAUUUAGUGGAAAUGAAGCAGCUGAUAGACUCGCUCGUGAAGGCGCUAAGAAGUCACUUGAAAUAGAAUAGGUCUUCGAACUCCUGUUUGGGCAUAAACUCAAACUUGCAUUGAGUUCUUUUGAAUAUUUUAAGACUAAAGAAGACCUCUGGUUUAUCUGUAUAAUCAUUUUUGUGAAAGAGAAGAUCAACACCAAUAGGAUAUCUGCAACCCAUACAGCAACAAUAUAUCUAUAUAAAUGCAUGACUGUUUUACAAUUUAGCAAAAUAUCAACAUUUUUCAGUUUGUCACUCGAAUAAGCAAAACCCGUGCAAAUGCAUUGGCAAAUUUGGUUUUAAUAUGGUCAAAAAGUAAAUAGUUUUGUCUGCUAACACAGUUUAGCUUAUGAAUGUGCUGGGCAAAUAAUUUUGUGCACAUCUCCCACUCUGCCAUAAUUUCCCCUCCCCCGUUGAAAAUUUAGAAUAGAAAAUAACUGCUAUAGACCCUCCAGGCUUGUAACUAUUAGGCCUG